UCGAAAGGUAAACUCGUCGGACUGAUUCCGGGCAACGCCUUAUUUCUUCUUCAGGACGGCGGACACUUCCUAGAGCGGACUUCCGGCGACAGGGACUCCACAGCGGUGGUGGGAGCACGAAGCCGGGGGGCUGCCUCAUCCGCUCUCCGGAUCACAGGGUAACAGAAUAAUUUCUUGCACGAGAAGGAAAGCCGGCAUCGAGCGCACUGAAUGAGGAGUCUUCUGCUUCCAUAGCGCCAUAUUCUAACAGCCUGGUCUCUUUGAAUGAGGAUGACAAUGGAAGAGAUGAAGAAUGAAGCAGAGACUACUUCUAUGGUUUCCAUGCCAUUGUAUGCGGUUAUGUAUCCAGUAUUCAAUGAGUUAGAGCGUGUGAACCUUUCAGCGGCUCAGACUCUUCGGGCAGCUUUUAUAAAGGCAGAAAAAGAGAAUCCAGGCCUCACACAAGAUAUAAUUACAAAAAUCCUUGAAAAGAAGAGUGUGGAAGUAAACUUUACCGAAUCCCUUCUGCGUAUGGCAGCUGAUGAUGUGGAAGAAUACAUGAUUGAAAGGCCUGAACCGGAGUUCCAGGAACUGAAUGAAAAAGCACGGGCACUUAAACAGAUCCUUGGCAAAAUACCUGAUGAAAUCAAUGACAGAGUGAGGUUCCUGCAGACAAUCAAGGACAUUGCAAGUGCGAUAAAGGAACUUCUUGACACAGUCAACAACGUCUUCAAAAAGUAUCAAUACCAGAACCGCAGGGCGCUUGAGCACCAAAAGAAAGAAUUUGUAAAAUACUCUAAAAGUUUUAGUGAUACUCUCAAAACCUAUUUUAAAGAUGGAAAGGCAUUAAAUGUAUUUAUAAGUGCCAACCGCCUAAUUCAUCAAACCAACUUGAUACUCCAGACCUUUAAAACUGUGGCCUGAAACGUGUAAAUGAACGAGAGCUGUAAUUUUACGUGGUGGACAGAGCUACUUUUAUUCUGUAAAUUAAGUUUUGACUGUAUAAAUUAUCAGUUCCGCCAGAGGGACAGAAAUGCAGGAUGUUUAAUGGGAUUAUUGCCAUCUUACACCAUAUUUUUGUAAGAUUUAUUGUAGCUUAUCAUAAUCUCACAAUGAAGAUUUUGCAUCACUUUUUGCUAUUAUCAUUCUUUUCAGAAUUAUAAGCCAAAAGAAUUUACGCCUUAAUGUGUCAUUAUAUAACAUUCCUUAUAAGACUUGUAAAUAUUGGUGUUCUGUUUCUGACAUUUGAACUUGAAACCGAAGAGCUGCAAGAUUAUGUAUUUAACAAUAUUUGGUGGCAAAUAUUCAAUAAAUAGUUUACAACUGUUAA